AUGCCAUUUCCUAUGAUCGUCCUUCUUUUCUGUAUUUUGGCUCCCCUACCAAUUCAAUUAUCUGUAGCAUCACCAGUAACCGUCGCCCAACCCCUCAACAACCAGCUGCCUCUCAUCGCUCGGACGAAUCAGCCGUUUUCUUGGUCUCCUUCUCCCAAUACAUUUCUUUCGGACGACCCUUUGGCGUACACCACCUCUGCGCUUCCUGCGUGGCUGUCAUUCGAUCCUUCUGUGCUUGCAUUCCAUGGAACUCCAUCUGCCCAGGACGAAGGCAAUCCAGAAAUCACCUUGACGGCCCACAGCUCCUCGUCGUCGGCGUCGUCUACCUUUACCUUCUGCGUCACCCAUUAUUCUCCACCCACGGUGGGUCUUGCCAUUUCGGACCAAUUUCAUGACUCGAAUCCCUCUCUGUCUUCGGUCUUUACUCUGGCGCCUCUUUCUGCAAUUGCAACCUCGAACCCUGCUCUUCGCAUUCCACCAAAAUGGUCCUUCAGUAUUGGCUUUGAAAGCGGUACGUUUAAGGCCGAUCACAAUCUCUACUACGAGGCUCGGCAGGCCGAUGGUUCUGAACUUCCAGACUGGAUGACAUUUAAUUCAAAGGACAUUACUGUCAACGGCUUUGUGCCCGAAAAGGACAUCACGUUCUCGCCCAUGACCUUUGCUCUGGUUCUCAUCUCGUCUGACCAGUUAGGUUACAGAGCUACGUCAGCCCCGUUCGACAUUGUUAUAGCCGAUCGUGAGUUGUCCGGUUCCCAAGAUCCUCUACCCACCAUCAACGUUACUAGCGCCGCGCCUUUUACUGUAAGUCUCUUGUCCUCGGCAGACUUUUCUGGCAUCUUCGUGGAUGGAAAGCCUAUCGAGCCGUCAGAUGUAACAACUCUGGAGAUUGAUACUUCUGGCUAUGAUCAUUGGUUGAAAUAUGAUACUCCCAGUCGGACUUUAACGGGUAAACCACCAGCGGACGUUACAGGAACGAAGCCGACGAUACCAGUCAAGCUCAGCACAACAUUCAACCAAUCAAUCAAUACGAACGUGUCUCUGGCAUUGGUUCCCUCGUAUUUUUCUUCGCCUGAAUUUCCUGCCUUGAAUCUCAAGCCCGGAGACAAGGUUGAAUUCGGUGUCGACCAAUAUCUCUCCAAUGGAACGGCUGGAGGCUGUAACGAUGCAGAUGUAUCGGUUACCUUCGACCCCACAUCGGCCGGAAACUGGAUGAAAUACGAUUCGAGUCAGGGGCUUUUGGUCGGGAACAUCUCAACAGAUUCUCCGCCAGACCACGUCUCUAUCACGUAUACAGCCUAUUCCCGAAUAACACACUCGACAUCUCAUGCAACCCUUAACAUUUAUAUUUCUGAUGGUUCUACCAAUCAUGGCAAGAAGUCUUUCCAUCCAAGUGGACUUUCUGUUCGAGCACGCCGGAAACUGGUACUAGCGCUGGCCAUCACCUUCGGUAUAGUCGGCGGGCUUGCAGUUCUUGCCUGUUUUUUCGCCGUUAUCCGACGUUACGCGAGAGUUGAAGAUACUGCGCUAAGUGGCGAGGAAGGACGAAAUGGCUGGAGCGAGAAGGAUCGUCGGUGGUAUGGUAUUUCUGGCAGCCCUAGCCACCAGGAGAAGGCACUCGAUCCGCUGACCCUGUUACAGGCUCGCGGCGGACGCCCACCCCCGAAUUAUGUCAACCUGGGACUUGGAUUGCAGCGUGUUGCUGAGCGGAGCUUUUCUAAUCCAGUAGCAGAAGUCGAAAGUCCGGCGGUCAUGAGGAAACGUGAGUUUAUGACUAAAAUCAAGGAGACGGUCCGCCAGGUCAGCGACAAAUACACUCGGAAGCCGCGGCAGUACCCUCGUCCCCUGAUUGGGAAACCCAUUCUUGUCAAGUCCAUCAUACGGGAAGAGCCGAUUGUAUAUCCUCUCCAGGGAGAUCCUGCCAAUCCCUUUGACGAUGUGUAUAGCCAGGGCGGGAGUACAUUCAUGUCUGGGUCACCGUCGUCUUCGACCGGCGAGCACUCAAUACCUAGAAGGAGGGCUGACUUUGCACCGCCAAGGACAUUUGCUCAAGUGCAUUUCGACGACCAACAACUGGCUCCGGUUUCUCGGCAGCCUUCUUCAACAUCUACUGGCACUGUUGCCUCGCACUCCUCCAGACGCUUUGCGCAAAGCAUUCAUAGUGGAAGGAGUGCAAGCCCCCUUUCUCACGAGUCCUUCCCUGACGUUUCUGAAGCACCAGUCACUCGACCUCGGCUCGUUCCAUUCACGAGUUCGACGCGUGUACCCAUUCCUCAAGCUGAGCCUGCGACGAUUCCGGGAGAACCAAUGGCAUUCACCGGCAACAGGAUCGCCAGUCAACGUGCAAAGGUGUUCAAGCCUGACGAGGGUCCAACGGAGAUGAAGGAAAGCGGCAGUCACGAUGACCUCGCCAUGGGACUCCACUACGUUCGUUCUUUGGGUGCCGAUCAGCUGGUUUCUGAAAAGCAAGGUCGAUCGUCCGAUGUAGCCAACGGUGCCGAUGUCAUGAAGAUGGUUCUUCGAACUGGAGAAAGGUUCAAGUUUCGCGUUCCGGUUGGACUUGGCAUGGCGGACGCAUACAAGCUGCCUUCUAAAUACCAGGUCAAGCUAAUGUCAGGUCUUCCUUUGCCCAAGUUUUUGAAGAUCGAUUUGGGUGAUAUUAGCGGUAAGGGUUCGAUAGAGUUUAGCGGGACACCCUUAUCUCGAGAUAUGGGUGAAGUUAGCGUUGGCGUAUUCGAGGAGAAGGAGGGUUGUGUUGCGAAGGUUGUUAUAGAUGUCAUCGCCAGGUGA